AUGUCUAUCCCACCGUUGGUUGAAGAAAUAAACUGGAGAACAUAUAAUCCCAAUGUUUAUUUUACCUCGAUAGAUGGCCCAUCUACAAGAAGUAAUCGAGUAAGCAAGAAAACAGCAAAUGCAUCAGCUUCACGUUCAACUAAACGUGUGAAUUAUUCUUUGGCUGAUCUAGAAGCUAGGUUAUAUACUGCUAGUAAUGAAAAUGAGGAUGGUAAAGAUAAUGAUCAAACUUCAUCAAAUUCAGGUAUGUUAGCUGAAAAAUAUACAGAAGCUCAAAUUAUCCAAUCAAAAAAGAGGUUUAUGGAAUUAGAUACAGAGAACUUUAGCGAACAAUCAGAAGUUCCUGGGUUACUUUCAAGUUUGACUGGUAUAAGCAAGGAUAACAUUGAAUCAAGCUCAGGCGGAGGUUCUAAUAUUCGUCAUAAGAAUAAAUUUGAUAUACCCAAAAAUUUGGAUUUAUCAUAUAGAUCAACAAAACCUACAUCUACUAAGCGUAAGAACACCAAUAGAAUUGUGGCAUUAAAGAAAAUUUUGACCAGCAGAAGAACUUUUCAAUCUUACGCUGAUACACUAGACAAAGUUAAUAAGCAAAUUAUAUUCAAUAAUGUCUACAAUAAGAAAUUUCUAAAGGUCCUACCACUAAUCAUUAUUUGUUCAGUAUGCGGUGGUACUAAUGGUAUAUCAGGUUGUGUGUCCUGUGGUGAUAAGUUAUGUUCAGUAGGUUGUUUCAAGUUACAUAAUGAUACAAGAUGUUCACACACCUACCGCUGA